AACUUUGAACCAUCCAAACCCUUUGGUGCCUUGGAGAAAUCCAUCAAACUUUAGUUGCCUGAGAUGUAAUUAUAUUAAUUGCAAUGAAGAAUUAGGAUGUGCACUGUGAAACUGGCUCAGUCUGGUGUCUGGUGGAAGCUGGAGCAAAAACUCUCUAUGUGUUUAUCUAAGCUUUCCUACCAACUGCGGCUUUUAAUGAUCAACAAGAAGCUCGAUUUGCCAGGAAUCAAAUAUGACUAUCCAAUCUGGACAGGUGACAGCCAUUUAAGUAAUAUCGCUAUCUCUGCAUAUGGCUCUCGCUCAAAGCAACAAUAAGAAUAACAAACCUAGUGUUCGUUCCAUUAAUGGCGAUGUCGAUGCUGCUGUUGAAAAGCCCACAACUUUUCAUGAUUUUCUUGGCAACAAGAGCCAACAGUUUGCUGGGGCUUCCUGUCCUCCGCCGGCCGCCACUGAUUUGGGUUCCGAACAAAACACUGGCAGACGUUUGGGAGGGAUCCCAAUUCAGGGAUCAAGGGGAGACAUAACAGGGCCAGAAAGCAGUAGCAGAUUCUCCCAAGGAACUAAGCGAUACCACUCGGAGUCUGUUAUGAUGUCUGCAGGAGACAAAUUGCAUCUGUUUCGUUCUUCAGGGGAGCAAUCUAAUCGGCCACAUGAUGAGGAAGCUGCCUUGUGGCUGCAUCAAAUGAUCAGACCAGUUUUAGCUUCUUCUUUCAAACCACAGCCUUCCCCGACAUCCAUGAAUCAAAGUUCUGUGCAGCACAUCAGUCAUGUCGCGCCUUGUGUCUACCAAAGGACAUCAAAUAUGGUUGGUCCUUCCGCUGUGUCUCAGGCAGCUGCUGAUGAAGGAUCAAAGACUGGCGUUAAAGGGUCCGGAGUUUUGAGCACGAGCAAUGCAGCUGGAGGUGCAGUUCUCGGGAGACAACUAGCAGGGGUCCUCAUCCCCACCGGAAAGCCGGAAUCAUCAUCUGCUGCACUGAGCCAGCGAUUUGAUGACAGCAGUAAGGGUGGAACAGAAUCCGCUGCCGGCUGUAGCCAGAUGACUAUAUUUUACAAUGGUCAAGCGCAUGUUUUCGACAGUGUCCAUCCCACUAAGGCAGAUGCAAUAAUGGCCUUAGCCGGAUCAAAUGGAGGAUGCUGGUCUACAAGCUAUGCUUCUUCUCUGCAGCUGGAUGUCCCUCCACCAAAAACGGCGCCGCCGCUUGAGAGGUACGGAUAACAAAGGGUGAUCUUAAAAUCCUUGCACUCACACACACAUAUAACACAUCCGUUAGAAAGAACAGACACCAUUGGUGAUUUCUUGAAAGAAUUGGAGAUUAACUUCAUAUGAAUGGAUAGAUUUGGACAUGUGAUCAUAUGGGCCUAUUUGGGGAAUUUUGUGGUUUAAUGGGCUGGAAUCUUGGGCCAUUUUUCUGGGCUUGUAGAGGGGAUUUGGGUUUCUUGUGUGUGUUUACUCUUUUUAAUUACAACCAAGAAAUAGAGGUAUGAAACGAGGGCAGUAAAAAGCCAAGAAACAUGCUGAAUGGAAAAAGUAAAGUUUUGUUUUAUUAAUUUUUCCCUACCUCAAAAAGUGAGUUGAGUUGAGGUGAGAUGAUGAGGUAGGUGCAAACAAAAAUUGAAUUUUGUUGAACAAGAAAAUACUAGAACAAAGAAAAAGAGGAGAAAACAAAAGGGAAAGGAGAAACAGUAGUAAAAAUAUGUUGGCUGUAAAAUACUUAGAUCACUUAAUUUGUUAUUUGUCCAUCCUGAAAAAAGUAGACAUUCCAUCUCUGUCCUCCUCAUUAACCCCAUCUCUUCUUUUAAAAAAACAAUACUUAUUAGUAGCUCUGCAGGGAGUUGUAUGAACUUAUACAGAAAAGGAAAUUAAAGCAUAUAAUAUGUAUACAAAUAUAUGCAUGUGUGUGUGGGGAUUCAAAGCAAAAUGAAGAAGCAUUGGGAAAAGGGAAAGGGCUGGGGAUUGAGGGAUCCAUUUUGUAUUUGCUGAACUUUACAGAUUGAUUGAUGAUCAUCUUUUUUCUAAUCUAACUUUUCAUCUCUUUCAUGUUAUAUAUAUUAUAAUAAUAAUAAUAAUAAUUAUUAUUAUUGCAAGUGUAUUUAAAUUCUUGAAUGUGUAAUCUUCAAACAUUCUUUCAUUCCAAAUGUUUUAAAGAAAAGUGCAAUAUUUGAAUUGUUUUAUUAGAUUUUGUGGGUCUUUGCUGUUCAUCUUUACAAUAAUGGUAUCAAAGUUCGAAAUUGCUAUGCAUUCAUUCAAGUUCAUGAGAUUUUUUUAAUCUUCCUUCCCACUUCCCAGCUUCUUUGCUUGCUCCCUUUUUGAUCAUCAUCUCCCUCUCUGCACUACUGUUUGAAAAGUUUUUUUUUUUUUUUCCUUGUAGAUAAAUUAAUCCAUUUUGUGUUUAGAAAACCAUUCAAAACAGAAAAUGAGUGAGUCAAUUUGAAUUGAAAGAGCAGUGACCAUUGUCAAGACAGAUUAUAGGUCCCAUGUGUCUAGUACCUUAUUGUAACGUAAAAUUACACAUUACAGAUUUCAUUGCUUCUGUCUUCCCUCUCCCCUCUCUCUCUCUCUCUAUAUAUAUAUAUAUAUAUUGAUACAUACAUAUGUCCUGACAAGGCAAUGUUAUUGGGAAAAAGAUAUCUGGAUGAGAAUAAGAUCAAAAAAGGAAAAGGAAAGAAGAAUAUAUAUAAGGGAAAAAGUGGUUCAAGUUCAUGAGUGAUGAUGGAUUUAUUUUUUUAAUUUGAACUGAUGAGCAUAUAUUAUAUUUAAUCCAAAUUGAUUAUUAACACACCUUUUGUCAGGGAGUUUUGAACGUGAGAGACAGGUUUUAUGAUAAAUAACAAGUUAAAUCUGAUAGGAUUAGUCCACUGGAAUUAUAUUUCUCAUAAUAGUUUGUCAUCAUCUCCAUCAGAUUUUCAAGAGAGAGAGAGAGAGAGAGAUUGGGGCAUUCGUACAUAUGAUAUACAUAAUGUAUGUAUGUAUAUAAAUUGGAAAUAGCUAGAUCUCGUAAUUCCAAGCAAUUUUCUUUGGUUAAAGACAUAUAAGAUUGAUCAGGAAUAAAGCUUACAACCCGUACAGCUACAGCCUAUAUACAUUAGUGUUAGACUGUGCUUGAAUUAAAUUAAAUUAAAUUAAAGCUCCUGAAUGCACACAUACACAUACACAUACACACACAUUUAAUUAUUAUUAUUAUUAUUAUUAUUAUAUAUUAUACUCCAAUAGGGUGGCAUUACAUUACAUUGUGCAUGAAGAAAUUAGAAAGUGAGAAUGUGAAAGCACUGCUGCACUCUGCUAGACUCAAAGAAUAUGCCCUAAUCAAUAUAUAUAUUAUAUAUUCUUUGAACUCCCUUCUACUCAAUGUCUUGGAAAAUAUAUAUACACAUUAAU